AUGGACGAAUCGGACGCCGAUGCGACUUUCGCCUCCUUCAGGUCCUCCAUCUCGGGUGCCUACAACCGACGGGCGACCGUCGAGAAGCGCAGCAAGAAGCCCGGCAGAUCCGCUCUCGUGGUCGCCGUGGACGGUUAUCUCGGGGCUCCGAGCACCGUCACAGCCUCGGACCUGUACAAGUCGGCGAGAAAACUCUCAGCGCACAACGAAUUCUUCUCGAUAAACCACACGACGCAAUGUCUGCAGCUGCUGGACACGUUGGCGGGGCAUCUGCUGGCGGUUGUGGCGCCCAGCAAGGCGCAAGAAGUUCACGACGACAACGACGACGAGGUGGCAGCGACGCAGUACUCGCAGCCGACGCAGGCUCAGCAGACACCGGAGGACUCGCUGCAGUUGCUGGAGCUCUGCUACCUGUUUGCUAGGAAAACCGCCAUUGGAUACCCGUCGCACGCGCUGUGCAAGUUGUUGCAGUGGCUCGUGGAGAGUGUUUCUGUGGCUGCGCUGCGGAACGGGUGCGAGAACGAUACAGGGCUGAAGCUGCAGCUCCUGGUGCUGGCGGAGCUGAUCAAGAUCAGCGCCGGCGUCCGGAUUUAUGCCAAGGAGAUGAAGAAGAUCAAGGAUUUUUACCGCUCCUUGACGAUUUUGCUCAAUAGCACGGAGGACGCGGAGCUCCUGGUGUUUAGCAUGGCUAUUCUCGCGCGUCUCGUGCUUACGGAGUCCAUGGGCAGCAAACUCUUCAGUGAUAAGAAUGUGGAUCAGGCUUUCGCGUUGGUGUUCUCAGUUCUUGACGGGUCAUGGCAUGACAAUGCUGGGGAAAGUAUGUCUGACGCGACUACAAUUCUGGAUCGGCGAUCCCUACUCCAGCUUGUGAGUAUAGACUUGCUGUGUGAUUUAGCCGACAGCCAAGAGAUCUUGGAGCUGCUGGAAAAGUAUCCGAAGAUCGCGCCGACAAUCGACAACUGCUUCAUGACGAUCAACCUGAACGGCGAUGCAGAGCAGAUUCUGGUUGCUGCCCACUAUCUCUCCUCCAUCGUCCAGCUCAGCCAUUUGUUCCGGAAAAUGUUGAUAAAAGGCCUGUCCGAUCAAGAUGUUCUGUACCGCGUAUUGCAAGCCACACUGCAUCCGUCAAAGCUGGCAGCGACGACCACCACGCAAUUGAUUUUGAAGCUGAUCGGAGACGACAUUCGCUCACUUCGAAGCCUUUUCGACUCGUCGGAGAAUGCAGAGAGGUUGAGUCCUGUGGUCGCUGGGAUGAUCCGGUGUAGCACAGAUGCCACCACAGUGGUGCAAGGUGCUGAAGACAACGAAGCGCUUAGUAAUUCCGACGAGUAUCUUCACAGCGUGGAGGUGUGCCAUCUGCUUGCGAAACUGAGUGAACUCCCCGCCAUCCGGGCCGUGUGCGUCGAAACAAUGAGCUUAAACCAGAGUGCUACUUUGAUACAGGUUGAGUCUGCUCUAAUUUGCUCUGUCGAGCCACAAGAUCUGAUACGCUUCCACCCUCAGUUGUCGAUUCAUCUAGUGAGCCUCCUCUCAAGUCUCAUGUCGGACGAAAACAUGACUGAUAAAAACAAGCGCACGCUCAGUCAAUUCCUCCAAACUUCAGAAGUCUCAACAGUGCUCGGGACGGCUUUGUUUAACCGCAACGACAAAGACAUCGUGGUCGAGACGCUGCUGUUACUAAGUCAGUCGCUUGUCGCCUCCGGAAACAAACGAUUCCACGCUUUUGGGCUAGCUGAGGGAAUCGUGGGCUUUAGUCAACGCGUUGGAGAUGCAAGCGAUAGUUUGCAGUCGACGAUUGCUUCGCUUCAGGCUAAUGCUGAGGUUAGUGCCAAAACUGUCGAGAAGCUGCAGGGUGAAAUGCAGCAGAUGUUACACCUCCACGAUCAGCUCAAGGCGCAACAAGAUCAGGCUCUGAAAGAUAUCGGAGCUAAGUUUUCCGAACAGAUCCGGCAGAAAGAUGAUGUGAUGCAGAAAAUGCGUGAUGCAUACGAAGAAAAAUUACGAGAGGUUACGAUGCAAUGCGAAAGCAUGGGACAACACAUGAACAAGAAGAUCAGUGCUCUUCAACAGCGGGAAUCCCUACUCCAAGAGAGCCGCGCUAAGCGAGGGAUGUUGGAGGAUGAGAACAGUGAGCUCAAGCGUAAAGUCCAAGUGCUGGAAAUUCGGAUCGAGGAGAUUGCCCAGACCCAUUCGAUUGCGAUGGAAGAAAUGAAACUUCGCGAGAAGGAGCUAGAGGAGCUACGUGAAGAAAUUGCAACCAUUUCUGGAGACUACACAGCGCAACGAGAAGAACUUGAGGCGGCUCACGAUGAGACUAGGGUACAGUGUUGUAUGAGUCGGCUGGAAGAUGAGCUAAACGAGCAAAAGCUCUCAAACGAAAAUACGUACAAGGAGCUGGUGUUACUUUCGAAGGCUCACAAAGCUUUGGCUGACGAAAAGAAGAGCAUUGAGAGCGAAAUGGAUACGGUGCGAGAUGAAAUGGCAAACUUGGAAUCGCUGAAUAUUUCUAUCCAGUCGAGGUUGCGAGAGAAAAAGGAGCUUGCGGAUCAGCUCGAGCGAAAGAUGGCACGGCUCGAUGACGCAGCUACCGUUAGCAGAAAUGCAUUAGAAGACGAGCGAGAAAAGCGCCGCGCUGUUAGUCGUGAUCUCGAUGAUCUCAGGAAGGCUCAUCGUAAGCUCGAAAGCGACAUGGCCAUGAUUGAAAUCCAGGCUGCAGAGCAACGUCUUGUGGUCGAAUCGAAGGACGAGCACAUCCGCAAAUGUGAAGAGGAGAUCCGUCACUUGACGAACGAGGUUGGGAAGCAAGCGAAACUCCAGGCCUUGAUCCACCAGCUCAGCUCUGGUGUUGACAACAACGGCAGCAUUAGCGACGGCCCGUCGUUUCUCGCUCAUGAAAAGUGA